GAUGCUGUUCCAAUCCAGUCUAGUGUGGUGCUGUGCUCCUGUUCAUCCCCAUCAAUGGUGAGGAACCAAGCAGAUUCCAGCACUCCAUCUGUCAUUUCCACCUGUGGCAGCAGACAGGGAACUAACAUGGAGGGCACUGCAGCUGAAUCAAGAUCUAGUCCAAACUCCUUGCAGCAACAUACGGGACAGCAGGCUCCACAGCCUCGAAAGAAACGACCUGAUGACUUCAAAUUUGGGAAAAUUCUGGGUGAAGGAUCUUUUUCAACGGUUGUCUUGGCUCGAGAACUGGCAAGUUCUAGAGAAUAUGCCAUUAAAAUUCUAGAAAAACGUCAUAUCAUAAAAGAAAACAAGGUGCCAUAUGUGACACGAGAGAGAGAUGUAAUGUCCCGCCUGGAUCACCCUUUUUUUGUGAAACUCUACUUCACCUUUCAGGAUGAUGAAAAGCUAUAUUUUGGGCUUAGCUAUGCCAAAAAUGGAGAGCUGCUAAAGUAUAUACGCAAAAUUGGCUCCUUUGAUGAGACCUGUACCAGGUUUUACACUGCUGAAAUUGUAUCAGCCCUGGAGUAUUUGCAUGGGAAAGGAAUAAUUCACAGGGACCUUAAGCCAGAGAACAUCUUGUUAAAUGAAGAUAUGCACAUUCAAAUAACAGACUUUGGAACAGCAAAAGUAUUAUCUGCAGAUAGCAGACAAGCACGGGCAAACUCAUUUGUAGGGACAGCGCAGUAUGUUUCUCCAGAACUGCUGACAGAGAAAUCUGCCUGUAAAAGCUCUGACCUCUGGGCUCUGGGAUGUAUAAUAUAUCAGCUUGUAGCUGGAUUGCCUCCAUUUAGAGCUGGAAAUGAGUAUCUUAUAUUCCAGAAGAUCAUAAAGUUGGAAUAUGACUUUCCAGAAAAAUUUUUUCCCAAAGCAAAAGACCUUGUUGAAAAACUAUUGGUUCUAGAUGCUACCAACAGAUUAGGUUGUGAAGAAAUGGGAGGAUAUGGACCUCUUAAGGCUCACCCCUUCUUCGAGUCCAUUGUGUGGGAGAAUCUACAUCUUCAGACACCCCCAAAACUUACAGCAUAUUUACCUGCUAUGUCAGAGGAUGAUGAAGACUGUUACGGGAAUUAUGACAAUCUCCUGAGUCAGUUUGGUUGCAUGCAAGUUUCUAGUUCUGCCUCUUCCCAUUCACUGUCUGCUCCGGAGACAAGUACGCCACAGACUUCAGGAGGAAAUAUUGAACAAUAUAUUCAUGAUCUUGACAACAAUUCCUUUGAGCUGGACUUACAGUUUUCUGAAGAUGAAAAGAGGUUACUUCUGGCAAAACAAGCUGGUGGAAAUCCUUGGCAUCAGUUUGUAGAAAAUAACUUAAUCCUGAAAAUGGGUCCAGUGGACAAAAGAAAGGGAUUGUUUGCACGUCGGCGCCAGUUGCUGCUCACAGAAGGGCCCCACCUGUAUUACGUGGAUCCUGUCAACAAAGUUCUAAAAGGAGAAAUUCCAUGGUCUUCAGAGUUGCGGCCAGAAGCAAAGAAUUUUAAGACAUUUUUUGUUCACACACCAAACAGGACAUAUUACCUGAUGGACCCGAGUGGGAAUGCUCAUAAAUGGUGCAAAAAGAUACAUGAAGUUUGGCGGCACAGAUACCACCAGAAUGCUGCUAAAUAGUCAAGCUCAUCCAAAAUUUCCCAGUUUCCCUACUUGCUGCUAGAACUCCGUGUGCAGCCGAUCAGAGGAAUCUUUUCAACCCACCUAUUACCAUCUCAAGGGGAAGCAUAUGUCUGAAAUGUUCUGUUGUGGGUUUUUUUUUUUUAAGAAAGAAAAAAAGAAAAGCAAAAACCUAAUGGAAUUCAGGGUCGCUUUGCUCGCUCUUUGUGCUUCUGUUGAGGCUUCCACAUGCAUAUCAUUGCAGUGAAGAUCUUGCUUUUGUGCACUUCAGCUCAAUUUCUGCUGCAGACUAGUGGAUAGACCUUGCAUUACCAGCUUCACGUAAGAUGAGUUAAAACCAAUCCACACGCACACACGCUGAAUCAUGUACCAGCCUUGCAUUUUAUGGGGCUGGAGUUUUCUGUGACUUUCAGAGUAUCAUUAAACUGUUAUUUCAUCAGGGAGCUUUUAUAUGCCUCUCCUAAGCACCACCUCUUUUGUUUUUUCUUCCUUUCUGCACAGUCCGCCAGCUUAUUGGUAUAUGGCAUUUGUAGCCAGGUCAGUUGCACCCUUGUGUAAUUCCUGAUAUAGUUCUGGUUGCAGGAUUUAUGUGGUACUUCAGUAAUUAUGUGAAUGAAUCAGAUGUAUGUGUCUGGCAGACAGGCUGCAAUGAUACAGAUUUUGAGAGAGUAAAAUGCUGAACAUGGCACUGAAAGUUUUCUAAAACUGAAAUGUUGGCUUCUGAAGCAUGUAAGAUUUUAAACAUUCAAUUUAAAUUUUAAUAUGAAUCAUGUGUGUUUAAUCAACGGACAAUAAACUUACCAGCAUGCUUUUAACUAAUGCUAACUAAAAGUAACUAGUUAGUAUGGGGG